AUGAAUAUGUUCCGAGGUGUCUCCGUGCUGGCUGUGGUGUGCAUGGUGUCCGCUGCGAAGUUGCCAGGAUACAGUGCCGGAGGUGACUCUGGCUUGGGCGUCGAUCUAGGAGGCUCAGGAGGCCACGGCAGUGUUUUUCAGGCCGUUUUCGUCGGCAGCGGAAACCUUCCUGCUAGUGCUAUUGUAGGCGCUGGAGCAGGCAUUGGCGGCGGCGCUGUUGGACAGGAGUACACUGGGCCAAGCACUGGUCCUGUUACUCCUGUUGAUACCGUUGAAGAAGAAUACACUGGCCCAGUUGCCGCCGUGUCUCCUGUUGUCACUGUAGAAGAGGAAUACACUGGGCCAAGCACUGGUCCUGUUGACUCUGUUUCACCUGUCAUUGCCGUUGAAGAGGAGUACACUGGGCCUAGUAUCGACGCUGGCCCCGUUGCUGCCGUCUCUCCCGUAGUAACCGUUGACGAAGAAUACAAUGCUCCCGUUGCCCCCGUUCCAACCGUUGAUGAGGAGUACACUGGGCCCAACGAAGUCGCCCACGUCAGCCCCCCUGCUGACGAAUACAGCUCACCAAACCACUAAAGCAUUAUGCUGCUGGAACAAGUGUAACAUUGUUCCAUUGGGAGCUUUUAUUUAUGUCAAUUCCCAGGUGAAGUCCUCUAAAGGACUAAUAUUCA